GUGGCGGGGCCGGAAGUCGGCUGAGGGAGAGGCUGCUGCACCUGCAGGAGGAGGAGGAGGUGGAGGAAGGGAAAGAACGAAAGAGGGAGAGGAGCUGCGGCGCGUCCGAACAGCUGCCGGCAGGUUUCCCCCGAGGCUGCGAAAGCUCCGGGCGAGGUUUGGCUCCGGGCCCCUCCGAAUCCCCGUCCCCCCUGCAACUGGGCCGCAGGCAGCCGCGCCAUGGCGGAGUCCACGACCGCCGUGGGAGCCUCUUCGACGGUCACCGAGACGGAGGUGACGGAGCCGGAGAAUCGCAGCCUCACCAUCAAACUGAGGAAACGGAAACCAGCCAAGAAAGUGGAAUGGUCAAGUGACACGGUGGACAAUGAGCACUUGGGACGCAGAUCUUCCAAAUGCUGCUGCAUCUACGAGAAGCCGCGGGCGUUUGGCGAGAGCUCCACAGAGAGUGAAGACGAGGACGACGAAGGUUGCGGCAACGCCCACUGCAUCCGGGGCCACAAGAAAGGCCAGCACGGGAAGGGGCGGGGCAAAGCGGGAGACCCCAGCCCGUCGGAGAGCAGCCCCCAGAAGUCGGAGCCACCUGACCAGAACCAUGCUGGGGCGAUGCAGCACUGAACCCCUCCCUGCCACGGGGCGGGGGAGGGGAGCCCCAGCUUCCGCCCCAAACAGGGACUGACGCUGCCCCAACUCAGGGGGAGGGAGGGGAGGGCCCGCACAAUCAGCUACCCGUCCGUCUUGUGCCGGCGCUGGUGCUGCCUCGGUCCCAGGGGAGGGGGAGGGAGGAGAGGGGAGGGCACGUGCAUCCAGCUCCCCACCUGCCUUGUGCCAGAGCUGCUACUGUUGUCUAUCUGUCCAUCCGUGGCUGGUGAGUCCGUCUGGUGACACCCAUCCUCACUCCACCCAACGUGGAAUGUAGAGAGCGAGAGAGCCCGCUGGGUUUCUUGGCUGAAUUUCUGCCCCCCAUGCUUCUUCAUUAAAUAUUUGCAUCAGUGAUAAACAAGGUGGGAAACGGGUGCUGCUUCAGAAAAGGGCAGCGAUGGAGCUGUGCCCGAGCUCCUGUCGGACAUGCAUGCCCUCUCGCUCCCUGUUCCCGGCUUUGAGUACCCCUCCGUUUUCUGCCUGUACACCUCCUCCCCUUGUCCUUCCCCAGCAAUUUCCUUCCCCAAUCAGCCCAGUUCUAACCCUCAAUGAUGUUCAUUCUCUCUCACUCUCACCCUGCCCUCUCUGAUCCCUGAUUGUCCCACCCCCUCUUCUCCCCCCCGUACCCCACUUUUUGCCUCUCCACUGCUGCAGGGCCACUGCUUCUGACACACGGCUGCCUCAAGGGUGCAGCUGUGGGGUUUCCCCACCAUCCUAAACUUUUCCAGGAGCCCUCGGUUCCUCCUCCGCACUGCUACAACAACUGUGAUUGGUUGUCUUCAGUUGUGUCUUUCUAAGAGGGCACCCUUCCCUUCCACGGUUCCUUUUUUUAAAAAAAAAUGAAACAAAACCCAACAAUGCUUCUUUUUCAUUAUGUUAUGGAAGGCUGUGAUAUAUUUUCUUUUAAGUGGGGCUGGGGAGAAAAGGAAGGAAAUCAGGGUGGGUGCACCUAACUCGUGAGGUGGUGGGUAGGAGUCAGAAACUGGUUCUGGAGUUGGGGAAGAGGUGUUGUGGAUGUGGAAGGCGGCUGAGAAUUAUGUGCUCUGGUAGACUCUGGCAUCUGCCCAGGGUGCAGGGUUGGUCCUCAUUUGGAGAAGGUCCACGAUCGAAUAAAACAGAUCCUGAUCAGCUUUCACAGUGAAGUGGAACGUCAGCAGAAGGUGGACUUCAUGACCUUGCGUGAAGAAUACCAGCCUUCUGUUGACUUUCCAUCCUUUGGCUGCAAGAUCAUACUAAAUGAGCUCCCCCCCCCCCCCGAUAUCUCACAUGACUGCAAAGGGAUCCUGGCAUUGCGAUGUGGGACAGGGGCACCUUCCCUUGCAUGACUCACAGAUCACUCUGUCACUCUCCCUGCCCGCGGUUUCAUGAAAAAAGUUCUGGGCUGAAUUUUUCAGUUCUCUGUUUUGUACAGCCUUGAACCCUCUCUGGCCCCUGUGCACCAAUGUUGGCUUGCUUCUAAUUAAAAGUCACGCUACCCCAGAGAACCACAUGGCAAAGCGUUUCCCACAAGGUUUCAAGCAAGUUAGGGGACCUCUGCCUGGUUUGGAGAACUCCUUAGCAGCAGCACUUCUCCAGCUUCCGAUGGCUGAGGCAUAGGCCUGCCUGAAUUAAAACUUGGAGGCACAUGUCACACACUGAUCUGAAAAGAUUCUCUGUGAGGGAGUGGACACAAGUGGUGCACGGUUGCUCUCAAAGCUUACCCCAUCCAUUUCUGCAUCAGUCACUCUUUUGAGCAAGAACAGAUUGCAGAGCAGGAGAUCGGAGGGCUGCCGCUGCUGCCGCCACCUCCUCUCUCAGCAAGUGCUUUGAGUUCAGGGAAGCCUCUUGAUGAAUUUCUUUUGUGCAGCACGCUUUCAUUCCCGUAGCACGGUGUUCAGAUUGCCUGAUGGGUAAAGUGGGCCUAACCACCUUCUUUUUGCAAUAGUCCUCCUUAGCAGGCAGAAUUUGGCCCAAAUCAAGGGAAAGUCGGGGGUGUGGGGCUUGAGGAUUUCAUCACUUGGGGUCCUACAUUCCCCCAAUAAGUUGAACACAGUUUUGGAGCAACUAUGCUAGGGUAAGCCACAGAUUUCUGUACACAAACAGGGUGAAGAACUUCAUAGGUGAGUCAUGACUGGUGUUAUUAUUGGCCUGUCUUGUUUGGACGAAGGAAAUGUGACAUGUUCAGCAGGUCCAUCUUGGGCACUUCCUCUGUUGGCCUUGGAAGUGCCUAUUGGCCACAAGACGGGAGGCUGAGCAAGUGGGACUGCUGAGCUUGUAGCCGCAUGUAGUUGCUCUACAAAUAAUAAGCAUCCCCAUUUACCAGCAAAAAAAGAAAAGAGGGGGCCAAAAUGCUCCUUAGCGAAGCUGCUUUCUCUCCUGCCUUGCCCUAGGAAGAAAAUUAUAGAUGCAACACCUUAAGAAGGUGCCUCUGGAGUUUAAAACAGAAAUGCCUGCAGGUUUGGACAGAAAUCUUUGCUUCCUUGGUCACUCCAGUAGCCCUAAGUCCUGUGCUGCUCAACUGACUUAUAAGAUACGCACCCAUCUCAAAUUGCAACCCCAAAUGCCAAAUUUUGUCAAGCUCAUUAGAAAUGGCAUACAUUACGCAAGUGUUGUGAUUAUUUGAUACACCAAUUAAAUUCUGGUUCGUUUAAACACA